UCCUCUGCACUUCCUGUUGCUCAGAGGACAGACUUUAAAGCAGCUCUGCUUGGGUUCCUGUCUUUUUAGCAUCAUAGAACAUCUGGAACAUGUUUGUCCCACCUGGACCAGAGGGAUGUUGGGAAGCUGAGGGACGGACCGUAGCCCAGAGUUUGGACUGCAGGUUCUGGAAUCUGGAACUCUCUUCCUGCUGAUGUGUGACAGACGUCCACUGAGACAUGAACGCCGCCUUCCUGAGGAUGAGGAACAGGACACGCCUCCUCUGGCGGGAGCGCUUCCUCUGGCAGAGGGAGCAGGACCGGGUCGGUGGUUGACCGUUGACCCGGAUCCUCUGGAUUACCCAACGCUCCUGCCGUCAGAGCAGAACGUGCCGCUGCAGACAUGAGGAGAACCUUGACGCUCCUGAUCAGCGUCUAUGCUUCAGUCCCUGUUUUCCUCUACCUGUUUCCAUGGUUACUGAGUCACGCCGUGUUCGCUCACCUGUUGAGGGUUCCAUUCUUCGUGGACCUCAGCCGACCUCAGGAUGUGCUGAACCACACCUGCAACUUCUACCUCAACACGGAGGAGGACGUCUGGGUGGGAGUGUGGCACACACUCCCCGCCAGCCAAUGGGAGGCGGCCUCUGGGAGAAGCGCCGACUGGUAUCAGGAGGCUCUGGGAGACGGCCAGCCUGUUAUCAUUUAUCUCCAUGGCAACGUAGGGACCAGAGCGCUGAGGCACAGAGUGGAACUGGUGACGCUCCUGAGCGCUGCUGGCUUCCAUGUUUUAUCUUUGGACUACAGAGGUUUCGGAGAUUCCUCUGGACAUCCCAGCGAGGCAGGGCUGACCUCUGACGCCCUCUACCUGCAGCAGUGGGCGAAGACGCGCAGCGGGGGCAGCCCCGUGUGCCUGUGGGGUCACUCUCUGGGUUCGGGGGUGGCCACCAACGCUGCAGUCAGACUACAGGAAGGAGGUGGGGCCCUCCUCCCCUCAGGUUGUCAUGAGGCAGCAGUGGAUGCUUUGAUACUUGAAGCUCCGUACACAAGAAUUGGAGACGUUGCAGCAAACCUGCUGCUCACUAAGAUCUACACGUUCCUUCCAGGAUUGAAGGACUUCCUCUUUGACCUUCUGGAAAAGAACCAGAUUGAAUUUGCCAACGAUAAAAACUUGAAGACGCUCACCUGCCCGCUCCUCAUCCUGCACGCCGAGGACGACAACGUGGUUCCUCAUCGCAUGGGCCAGCAGCUCUACCAGGUCUCCCUGGAGGCGCAGCGAGAGUUCGGCACAGACGAUCGGGUCGCCAUGGUCUCCUAUCCUGCUGAUCUGGGAUUUUCUCACAGCAACAUCUACAUGGACCCCAGUUUACCAGAAAUAGUCAAGAAAUUUUUGCAAAACUCAAGACGGUGAAGCAGCUUCUCCUCGAUUACUUAAUCAACCCUUGUGCUAUCUUAUAUGACCCCCCAUCCAUUGAGGUGUUCUCCCUACCAUGACAAAGGUGGAUAAAGGUGGAAAGAUUUCAUGUAAUCCAUGGACACCAGUGAAGAUCACAAAUCAUUGAAGAAAAAAGGUUCAGAGCACUGUCUAGUGGGUCUAGAUGACCCACCUCCCAACAAGUGUCUAGGAUAGCACAAGAGUUACAAAAAAAGAAAGAGCGAACAGAAAAGUGAACUGAACCUCGAGGCUCAGUAACAGCUUUUAAAUCUUGAAAUAAAAGUCGUUUCACAUCA